CCAACACCUCCCACCUCCACGCUCUCAACCAGCCCACCAAGCCUGCCUCACUGCACCACUCCUCGCCGCGCGCAUCAUCCCUCCGUCAUCCGCCACUCUCCACGUCUGCUCCUGACCGGUGCUGCAGCGACGCACCCGCCAUGCCGCCUCGCGCCCGUGCCGCCGCGCGUCCGGCUGCUGCGUCGCGCUCAGGCAAGGGCGCCAAGGGUGCCGCAGCCUCAGCCUCGUCGUCGCGUCACGCUGCGUCUGGUAUCGAUGCCGUGCUCAUCGCAUCAGAUGACGACGAGUCGGACGACGAGCUGGCGCUGACCGGGACCACGUCGGUGCGCGUGCCUCGCCGCGCUCUUGCCGCGCUGAGCGUCACGCGCCAGGAGCGCGCCGAUGAGCCUGCUGCAGCUCCAUCCGCAGCGGCUGCUUCCUCGUCGUCAUCCGCAUCGGCGCCGAGUGCCAAGAGCACGAAGUCGAAGAGCAGCAAGGCACCCACCAAGACGCGGCGGAAGAAGGACGCAGCCGCAGCGCAGCCGGAGCACACGCAUGCACAGCCCACGGCGCCGAGCAUGCCGGAGGAGCAGAUCGCCAGCUACCUCGAGAACUACGAUCUGGAAGCUGAGCGGCGGCUGGAGAUGUCGCGACAAGCACUGGUGCUGAGUGUAGAGACCGCGCGACGCCUGAUGGGCAGCUACAUCUCGCGCAUGGCACGGUCGGCACGCAGCAUGCGCCUCGAGGAGUUCAUCACCGAGCACGGCGCACAGGUCAGUUCCGUCGUUGCGCGGCUGGCCACGACGGCCAUGCGUGACGCGCCACACACCGAAUGGAGCAGCGUCGCUGGCAUCAAGCGCAGCGGCGACGAGGCGGCGGAGCGCGGCACAGCCAAGAACGCGCGACAAGCAGCUUCUGCCUCGGGCUCUGGCUCCAGCUCAAGCGCGAAGCCAGCGGAGGCCAAUGCCGCGCCGGCACGGCCGAGCACUAGCAUGAGCAACAAGGCACGUCUGGCCGCUGCACGAGCAAAGCAGGCUGCCGCACGGCGGCCGCCGCCUUCCUCGCCUGCACCUUCGAGCAGCAGCGCGAGCACGCAAGUCCGGCCGCCGUCGAGCGCCGUGUUCGCGCCGCGGCUGGGCGCUCAGGAUCUGGGGCGCAGCAGCAGCGUGCCACGCCUGCCGCCUACGCCCGCUGGGCAGAAGGGCCGCCUGGCACGUGCCGGCGAGACGGUCAUGUGGCAGAGCAUCAACGGCAGUCCCAUCACCGGCGUCAUUGGGCCAGACGGCGCCGUGCGGCCGCUGCCGCCGCGCUCGGCCAUCGCACCUGCCGCAGCGGAGGACGAGAGCAUCGUCGAGCUCGCCAAGGGCAUCGAUGCUGGCCUGCGCCGUCGGAGAAGCGGCGAAGCGGGCGGAGCGGGCGCACCAUCGCCGCUGCGCUGGACAGAAGUGCGCACAGCAGCGUCUACCUCGUCGUCGCCGAUGCGCAGCAGCGACACAUCAAGUCUUGCGGCCCUCGGCGAGGACGCUGCCGAGGUGAGCGGCGAGCUGCCCGACGAGGAGGCGCUCACACGGCAGAUCCUCGCCGAGGAAGCGGCCAAGCAGCGUUCGCGCAUGGCAUCGAGCAGCAACAGCAGUCUACGAUCUGGCGGCGGUGCUCGCCACAAUGGUGCGGCAGCAUCGCGGCCGCCAAGCUCCUCCGGCAACAGCUCCGCCAGCCGGCCGCCUCUCUCGUCGCAGUCGGCGCAAGCGCAGCCGCGGCAUCGCGUCUCGAUCCGCUUCGGCUCGGGCGAGACGCGCGACGUGGCCAGCCUGACGAGCGGCGACGUGCUGCGCAUCCCGCACGAGGAGCGCCAGGCACUGCUGCGCAUGCUGCAGGGCAUGAGCACCGAGGACUGAGCGACGCCCGACCCGGAUCUGCACCACCUCCCUAUACCUCUCCUCGCGCAUCGCUGCGCCGACAUUCUCGCCGAUGCGAUCCUGUACCAUCAUUGACUGAGCCUCUCGCAAGCAGCUUUUCGUCGUCACAGACAUGAAUGAGGAGCGCAUGAUGAUUGCAGGCGUCCAAUGCAGGGUGAAUAGCGGGCCGAGACAGUAAGUAAGGG